UGUGUAUGACUGCUAUAGUUUAUUCAUACCGUUUACGUUGACUCGAACAAAACAACCGUUGUAGAUUGGUCUCAACACACAUUGCAAUAGGUUACCAUACACGGUCGAUUGGAGGAGUAUUUAAUCACCGCUGACUGUCGUGAUUCAGGGCAGGGACAGUCUGCCGAGAGGACGUCAUGGCUACACGACUACUACUACUACUUCUCCUGGUCACAGUGAUACACAUUACAGGGGUGUCUAGUUACAAUGUCGGUAACGAGACACAACUGCGGACGGACCUCCUCGCCAACUACUCCCUUAAGAGUCGUCCCGACGGCGUCACCUCAAUCAACCUCGUCUUCAACCUCCUCACCAUAAACCAACUGGUAACGCGCACGCAAACGUUUUCAAUAUCCGGGUACUUCACAGUGAUAUGGAACGACACCCGGCUCAGAUGGACUCCUGCAGCGUACACCGGCAUUGGGUUCUUUUUUGCGGACGAGACGGAAAUAUGGCGACCCUCACUGGUUGUGAAGAACGCGAUCGACAAUUUAGACGUCAUCGCCAACGAGAAUAUCCCCAUGAGAGUCACCAACGAGGGCAAAGUUUCCUGGAAUCCACCCGGAAUUUAUACAACCCACUGCGACAUUGACAUCACCUACUACCCCUUCGACUCCCAGGAAUGUUCUGUGGUCCUGCAGAGCUGGGGCUAUAACCUCCGGGAGCUCGACCUGUUCAAGUACGGCUCUGGCGUGGAGACAGCUGAGUUUGAGAGGAACGGUGAGUGGAACUUGAAUAAAGCUUACAGCGAAAGAUCUGAAAAGAUCCAGGAUGUUGACUCGGAAACGUACGCGGCAGUGUCCUUCGUCUUCAAUCUACAGCGGAAGCCGGACUACUAUGGCAUCAACAUCAUCCUUCCCGUGGUGGUUCUGUCCAUCCUGUCGGCCCUGGUGUUCGUCCUGCCUCCGGACAGCGGGGAGAAGAUGGGCUACUCCCUCACGGUGCUUCUCGCCUUUGCUGUCUUCCUGACUCUCAUCGCCGACAGCAUGCCCACCACCUCCCGCAACACCUCCUACAUGGCUGUCUACCUGGCUGUGGUCCUGUGUCUUAGCGGACUGUCCGUGCUGCUGACUGUCAUCGUGCUUGACUUCCACUACCGGGAGGGCGAGGUGCCGUACUGGUUGGGGCAGACCACCAGGGUGGUCAUCAUGCCUCUGGUCUGUUCCCGUGGCUGCCGGAAGUCGGGAACAGUCUCCGCCAGCAAUACGGACAUCGUUGGAGAAGAGACCCAGUUCAAGGGCAUUCCGAACAUCCGGAUCAAGGCCAACCAGAAGAGGUCUCUGGGCGACUUCAGUGACCGGGCGUCAUCCGCCGCCAGCAGCACGGCUGAACUGGGAUGGAAGGACAUUGCGCGGGCCUGUGAUACCCUGUUCUUCCGGUUCUAUCUUAUUGUUAUUUCACUAAUUUCUCUAAUAUUCUUCCUCGUUCUGGGAUUAGAAAGGAGCAGCAACUACACCACGGAAAUAUAAUCUCGCCAGUUUCUACGCCAAUUUGUCAAUACUCGCAAAUCUAUAUGACGACGGCGUGUGUUGCCAAGAUACACCAGUGGUUGAUGGCAUGAACACACAUCCACGACGAGGAAGAACGGCGACACACAAGAAUCCAGGUCUCACAAGCAUUUGGACACUUGUGACACAUAAAUUUUGAUUUAAUAAUUUUGACUUUCUGCAUGUUCAGUUAAAGUAAUGUUAUUUUCAAAACGGCGGGAUUCCCUGGGGAGUUUGGAUAAGAAUAUCGAUUAUUUACUUAGCGCCGUCAUUUAGCUGCGACGUUGAUGGUUGCGGCGCUAAAAUGCAAAGAAACAAAUACAAAACGGCGUCUAUUGGUCCCCUGUCUAGUGGCCCCCUGUCUAGUGGUCCCCUGUCUAGUGGCCCCCUGUCUAUUGGUCCCCUGUCUAGUGGCCCCCUGUCAAGUGGACCCCUGUCUAGUGGUCCCCUGUCUAGUGGCCCCCUGUCUAGUGGCCCCCUGUCUAUUGGUCCCACGUCUAGUGGUCCCACGUCUAGUGGCCCCCUGUCUAGUGGUCCCCUGUCUAGUGGCCCUCGUCUAGUGGCCCCCUGUUUAGUGGUCCCCUGUCUAGUGGUCCCCUGUCUAGUGGUCCCCUGUCGAGUGGCCCCCUGUCUAGUGGUCCCCUGUCUAGUGGCCCCCUGUCUAUUGGUCCCCCUGUCUAUUGGUCCCCCGUCUAGUGGCCCCCUGUCUAGUGGUCCCCUGUCUAGUGGUCCCCCGUUUAGUGGUCCCCUGUCUAGUGGUCCCCUGUUUAGUGGUCCCCCGUCUAGUGCCCCCGUCUAGUGGUCCCCGUCUAGUGGCCCCCUGUCUAUUGGCCCCCCGUCUAGUGGUCCCCUGUCUAGUGGUCCCCUGUCUAGUGGCCCCCUGUCUAUUGGCCCCCGUCUAGUGGUCCCCUGUCUAGUGGCCCCCUGUCUAGUGGCCCCCUGUCUAGUGGUCCCCGUCUAGUGGUCCCCCGUCUAGUGCCCCCCCCGUCUAGUGGUCCCCCGUCUAGUGGCCCC